GCCUCAGGUAGUCGAGGGCCGCACCUCUUACCACACGGAGGCUGUCCCUCUCCGCGCGUUAGACUGCACGGCCAAGACAUACUUAGACGCCCAUCUCACGCAUUGCUCCGGUCAGCUCUGAAUCAAGUAAAUUAAGACGAAAGAUAAAAGGAAAGGAGAAAUUGGAGGCCCACCACACUCGUUAAGUAGAGCCUGGAGGGUAGCGGCCAUGGCUGGGGGACGACGGUGGUGGCGGUGGGGACACGUGGUGGUAGUGGUGGUGGCGGCGGCGAUGGUUGUUGGUGUGGUGGGUGACAGUUCCUCAGCCUCUGCCUCGGGCCAAGCGACUCCCGAGCUGGUACGCGUCAAGAGGCAGCAGAACCGCUUCGGGUUGCCGCAGCUACAGUUUGGCAACGUUCAGUUUGGCUUUGAUGGCCGCCAGGGUAAUCUUGGAUCCUUCAUCAGCUCUCUUCUCGGAGGGGGCAGGAAUCCUAACCAAGGAAACCAAGGGAACCAAGGGAACCAAGGUAACCAAGGUAACCAAGGGAACCAAGGUAACCAAGGGAACCAAGGGAACCGUCCAGGCAACUUUACCAUCAACUUAGGCGGGCUGCCCAUCAACGUUGUCGGUGGUCAGAACGGUGGCGUCGGGAUCUCCUUCGGCCAGCAAGGCGGAUGCGGCGCUAACAAUGGCGGCUGCCAGCACGAGUGUCGCUUUAAUCGGCGAGGUGUUCGCUGCAGGUGCCGGGAUGGUUUCAGGCUCAACCAAGAUCGAAGAACGUGUCGUGACGUGAACGAGUGUCGAAGGAACAACGGCGGCUGUAGUGACCAGUGCACCAACACGGAAGGUUCCUUCAUCUGCAGCUGCUUGCAAGGGCAGCUGCAGGCCGAUCAACUUACCUGUUCCUCAGACUCCGACGAGAACCUGCAGGAACAGACAUGUUCUUUCAACAACGGAGGCUGCCAACAGUUCUGCUCACAGACGCAGCAGGGAGUGGUUUGCUUCUGCCAGAAUGGAUUUGUCCUGGGACCAGACAAGACCUCCUGUCAGCGAGCGGAUGCAUGCAGCAAUAACAAUGGCGGCUGUGAGGACAUUUGCACCAGCACGCCGCGGGGCCCUGCCUGCUCGUGCAAGCCAGGCAAGUUUUUGCGGCGUGACGGACGGACAUGCCAGGACGUGGACGAAUGUAGUUUUAACCGCGGCGGGUGUAUGCACUUCUGCAUCAACACAGACGGUUCAUUCAGGUGCGAGUGCCAGAACGGUUUCGAGCUGGUCAACGGACAGUUUUGCAGACCCGCACAACAGACGCCGCCACCCACCACCCGUCCACCACCCACCACACCACGCCCAACGCCACCAACGCUGCCGACAUCUGCACCAAUCAUCGACAGCAGAGGGUGUGGUGUUAACUCCAAGAAGUCACUCUUCAAUCGAAUCGUGGGCGGGAAGCCAGCAGACCCGAAGGACUGGCCAUGGAUGGCUGCUCUGUUGAGGCGGGACCGCAACAUUCAGUACUGUGGUGGCACACUCAUCACCAGCCAGCACGUGCUCACCGCCGCACACUGUCUCAAGCCGUUCAGUGCUUCAGAAAUCCAAGUGCGCCUGGGCGAAUACACCUUUGAUAAUCCCACUGACGGUGCACACGUGGACUUUGACGUGGUGGAAGUCCGAAUGCACGAGAGCUACAACUCAGACUCUCAAGAAAACGACAUCUCUGUGCUGAAGCUGGACAGACCGACGACCUUCAACGACAUCAUCUUGCCGGCGUGUCUGCCUCCGCCAGGUGUUUUUUACGAGGGGCGAAGCGGCUACGUAACAGGUUGGGGAACCAUCCACUUCGGCGGCCCCGUCAGCUCGGUGCUUCAGGAGGUAGUGGUGCCCGUCUGGUCCCGCCAGGACUGCUCGAAUGCUUAUCCUGGGAAGGUGUUCCCUGGCAUGAUGUGCGCUGGACUCAAGACUGGCGGCAAGGACUCGUGCCAGGGUGACUCUGGGGGCCCCUACCAAAUCCAGGAUACGAAGACUCGGCGGUGGUACGUGGCCGGCGUGGUGUCAUGGGGUAUCCAGUGCGCUCAGCCUGAGAACCCGGGCGUGUAUACCGAGGUGGCGCAGUACAUUGACUGGAUCAAGGCUAACGCUGUGUUCUAGCCCGCAAGCCACCAGCGGGAGACGGAAACAUUGCAACAAAUAAUAAGAUAGAAAAUGAAAACUGAAUCACUAAAGAUCAGUCAGUUAAGAGUAAUCUGAACAUAAAUAUCGAUUAUCAAUAGACAAUGAAUGAGAUGUAAUAGAUUUGUUGACACUAUGUUGAAUAAUCUUAUGAAAAUAAUGAUUUAUCAGGCAAUAAUAUUAUCAGGAACUGACAGGCAUAGACUCUUCUAAACUAUGAGCGUGUGUAUGCACACACACACACACACACACACACACACACACACACACACACACACACACACACACACACACACACACACACACACACACACACACAAACAGCCAGUGAUCUUUGUUAUUAACCAGUGAAGUGCAUUACAUAAUGACAUGGGUGUCUGGAGUAGUUGAUGCAUCAUAUCAGUGUCAACACAGCGCCUCCACUCAGGACUGCUUUCCUUUGUACUCACAUACAUAAGGACUGUUGAAAUUUCUGUUGUACGUUGUUUAUAUUCAAUAAAUAAGAUAUAUUUA